UGUACUGGAUGAACCGUGGAGAUCCACCAGUAAUAUACGUGGUUCAGUCAUGAAGUGUGACCAGCAUGUCACCUGGAGUGGCUGGUAUCGUCUCUUCAUUAACGGUGUGAGCGCUCAUAUCCCAGAGACUUGUAUUACGACCUAUAGCUGUGGCACUGCUACUGCACUGGGGUUACCCGAUGGGCAUCCCAGAAUUGAGGAUGGAGUUGUCACCCGAGAUGCCUGCGCUCUAUGGAAUGAUUUCUGCUGCUUUGUCAGGUCUUUCCCCAUUAAAGUCAAAGCUUGUCCAGGCAAUUAUUUCGUCUAUGAGCUGGUUAGUCCAACUAUCUGCUAUGCAGCAUACUGUGCAGAUGUCAGCACCAUUAACCCCAGCUCUACAGCCGUCACACCAGCGACCAUCUUCACUGUUUAUCCCUCUGUUGACCCCUGCUACAACUACACUGUGUUGGAUGAACCAUGGAGAGCCAACAGCAGUCGCCCAUCAAACUCCUACAAGCUUGAUAAGUCUGUCAGCUGGAGCGGCUGGUAUCGUCUCUUCAUUAACGGUGUGAGCACUCAGAUCGCAGACACGUGUGUUGAAAUCUAUAGUUGUGGUACUGCUAUCCCACUCUGGAUUCGUGGUGGACACCCUACAGUUGAGGAUGGAAUCGUCACUCGAGAUGUCUGCGGUCACUGGGACAAUUACUGCUGCUAUUACGGUUCUUACUCCAUUAAAGUCAAAGCCUGUCCGGGCAAUUAUCAUGUCUAUGAGCUGGUUAGACCAGCUGUCAACGAUGCAGUCUACUGUGCAGUCAGACGAGAGACGAGUACACCUGUUAUAAAUAUGACACAGCAGGAAAGAUGCAACAGUCAGACAUUUGGAGGAUGUUUUCAAAAUCUUCUUGAGCAGAUAGAGAACAUUACAGCUCAAGACCUUCCUUUAGAUACUGUGAAAAACAUUUUGAAUAUGGCCUUCAACACUUCAGAGAAAAUUUUAGAGUCGUCAUCAUUAUCAUCUGUAAACCAAACUGAACUAGCCUCCUAUGGAAACCGUCUGUUAAAAGCCAGUGAGAAACUCAUGUCUACAUUGGUGAAGCCGGUGGACACAAGUGACAGUGUCAGUUUUAUUAUUGCUGCUGUAGAUAUAGAAGUCUUCAUGAUUGGACCACAUGUCACCUUAGAGAAAAUCCCUCGACUCGACACGACAAAUUCUUCUAUUGACAUCGAUCUCAUUGGGAUCGCCAAGAACAACAAUGAAAGAUCAGCUGCUGUGGCUUUCAUGAGCUACAACAUGAUGGAGAAUCUACUGAAGCCAGGCUUCUUCAACACACCAAAGGACACGAUUAAAACCAUGAUGUCCACUGUGAUCUCAGCUACUCUUCCCAAAACCACCAACACUACACUAACUAAACCAGUCAACUUCACCCUCAAACACAUCAGAGAGUUUGAUCCCAACAAUUCCCUAUCCUGUGUGUACUGGAAUAUCAGCGAGUGGAUUGUAGAUGGUUGUUCUGUUUUAAAGUCCAACAGCAGCCACACUGUGUGUUCCUGUGAUCAUCUGUCCACAUUCGCUCUCAUCAUGCAAACCAGCCGCCCACCAGAGAACGACUCACUAAUGGAGCUGUUGGAUUUGGUGUGUGUGUCCGUGGGGCUGGUGUUCUUCACUUUGGCCCUGUUGACCUUUGCCCUUUGUCAGUGGAGUCCUGGAGUGAAUAAUGUGGCUCGAAUCAACAUCUGCAUCAGUCUUCUGUUGGCUCACCUUCUGUUUCUGCUCACACAGCAGUUCCUGAGCCUCAUACGUCCUCUGCAGGUGUUGUGUGCCGUGAUCUCAGGACUUCUGCACUUCCUCUUUCUCUCCGGAUUUGUGUGGAUGUUCAUUGAAGCUGUGCUGCUCUUCAUCUGUGUGAAGAACCUAUCACAAAUCAGCUCCAGAAAGAGGGAGGUGCUUAGCAGUGGAUUCCUGUGUGUGAUUGGAUAUCUGGUUGCUCUGGUUGUGGUGUGUGUGUCUGUCAGUUUGGUUCCUGAAGGCUACGGCAGCGAACAAUGCUGGAUUAAAGUGGAGAAAGGCUUCAUCUGGAGUUUCCUGGGUCCUGUUUGUGUCAUACUAGCAUUAAACAUGAUUCUCUUCAUGAAGAUCGUCAUCAGUCUGAUCUCAGCACUCAAUACUCUCAAUGCUGAAGUUUCACAGAUGAAACAAACCAAGAUUAUGGCGUUUAAAACACUGGCUCAGUUUGUGGUUCUUGGUUGCUCCUGGAUUCUGUUUUUCUCCACUAAUGGCAGUAAGGGGCUGGAGAUCGUCUUCCUGAUCUUGAACUCCCAGCAGGGAACCUUCAUCUUCGUGAUCUACUGUCUCCUCAAUAAUGAGAUCAGGCAGCAGUACAGGAGGUGCUUCAGAUGUCGCAAAGAACACUGAGGACCACAGCAUCGUGUUCAGAAAGUAAUAAAAACUGCAUUAAUAUAAAGUGAUUUACAUAAUCUUUGUUUUUGGAUGAUAAAUAUAAUUAUUUCUGAUCCUCUCUGUUAUUCAAGUGUCU